CGCCGCCAGCUCCCGGGCACCAUGCGAGCCGCCCCGAGCCUCCGCGGCUGCGUCUGCCUGCUGCUCGCCGCGAUCCUGGACCUGGCGCGCGGCUACUUGACUGUCAACAUUGAGCCUCUCCCACCUGUGGUGGCUGGUGAUGCCGUGACCUUGAAGUGUAACUUCAAGACGGAUGGUCGCAUGCGUGAAAUCGUGUGGUACCGGGUGAUGGAUGGCGGCACCAUCAAGCAGAAGAUCUUUACCUUCGACGCCAUGUUCUCCACCAACUACUCACAUAUGGAAAACUACCGCAAGAGAGAGGACCUGGUGUACCAGUCCACCGUGAGGCUGCCCGAGGUCCGCGUCUCAGACAGUGGUCCCUACGAGUGCCACGUGGGCAUCUACGACCGCGCCACAAGAGAGAAGGUGGUCCUGGCAUCGGGCAACAUCUUCCUCAAUGUCAUGGCCCCUCCUACCUCCAUCGAAGUGGUAGCUGCGGACACGCCGGCCCCCUUCAGCCGCUACCAAGCCCAGAACUUCACGCUGGUCUGCAUCGUGUCCGGAGGGAAACCAGCACCCACGGUUUAUUUCAAAAGAGAUGGGGAGCCAGUGGACGCGGUGCCCCUGUCAGAGCCGCCAGCUGCGAGCUCUGGCCCGCUCCAGGACAGCAGGCCCUUCCGCAGCCUCCUGCACCGUGACCUGGAUGACACCAAGGUGCAGCGGUCACUGUCCCUGCUGGACACUGAGAACCGGGGCGGGCAUCCCUACACCGAGCGGCCGUCCCGCGGCCUGACCCCAGACCCCAGCAUCCUUCUCCAGCCGACCACCGAGAACAUCCCAGAGACGGUGGUGAGCCGCGAGUUCCCCCGCUGGGUCCACAGCUCCGAACCCGUCUACUUCCUGCGCCACAGCCACACCCCGGGCAGCGACGGCACCGUGGAGGUCCGUGCCCUGCUCACCUGGACACUCAACCCGCAGAUCGACAAUGAAGCCCUCUUCAGCUGCGAGGUCAAGCACCCAGCGCUGUCGAUGCCCAUGCAGGCAGAGGUCACGCUGGUUGCCCCCAAAGGACCCAGAAUCAUGAUGACGCCCACCAGAGCCCGAGUCGGGGACACAGUGAGGAUUCUGGUCCAUGGAUUUCAGAAUGAAGUCUUCCCAGAGCCCAUGUUCACAUGGACGCGGGUUGGGAGCCGCCUCCUGGACGGCAGCACCGAGUUCGACGGGAAGGAGCUGGUGUUGGAGCGGGUUCCCGCGGAGCUCAACGGCUCCAUGUACCGCUGCACAGCCCAGAACCCGCUUGGCUCCACGGACACUCACACCCGGCUCAUCGUGUUCGAAAACCCAAAUAUUCCAAGAGGGACAGAGGACUCCAAUGGUUCCACUUCUGGCCCUGCUGGUGUCCGGCUCACCUUGGUGCUCGCCCUGACAGUGGUUCUGGAGCUGACGUGAAGGCACGGCCCCGGCUCCCAGCUCUCGUCCAGCACUGACAUCUCUGCAAUCGCUUUUCCUUUCUUUUCUAAACUAUUUCCAGUCUUGUUCUUAGUCUCUUUCUGUCUGUCUUGGCUUCUUCAGUCGGUUUAAUUAAAACAAACAGAAUGA